CCUCCCCCUCCAACGGCCGCCUGCCCCCAAUUCCGACCGACCUCGCCAUCCGACCGCGGCGGCGUCGCGGCGGCCAGUGCCUCGAAGGUCCCGGAAGCUUCGCGAACGACCUCGCCGAAGAGAAGCGGGAGGGACCGAGCUGAGCCGCGGUUUCGCGAAUUUAUGAAGAAAUUGGACGAAUCGAGCAACCGGGGUCUGGAUUGGUGAGUGUUUGAUGCGUGGUGAUCGAGGGUUCCUGCAGAUAUGAACGUGGUGGGACGAGUUGGGUCUCUGAUCUCGCAGGGAGUGUACUCUGUCGCGACGCCCUUCCACCCGUUUGGUGGCGCGGUCGACAUCAUCGUAGUUGAGCAGCCUGAUGGUUCCUACCGCAGCACACCAUGGUACGUCCGUUUUGGAAAGUUCCAGGGCGUGCUCAAGGGCGCUGUGAAGGUUGUUACAAUCACCGUCAAUGGCGUGGAAGCCAGCUUUCACAUGCUGCUUGACAACUCCGGCCAAGCCUAUUUCAUGCGUGAGCUUGUGCCUGGCAGUGAAGACCCUGGAACAGGUUCGGAAGAAGAAGCUAUCAAUGAGCCUGAAGCUCCAGCGUGCAGUAAGAGUGAUGGGGACCUUUACAUUGGCCCUAGUGACAGGCUGGGUAGCCAAGAGUUGAAUGUGGAGCAUCAGGAGAAGCAAACUACAGAGGAGUUUGAGUCAUAUGAUUAUGGUAGGUUGGAGGAAGCGGAAUAUUUGCCAAAGCAAGCUGACAGGGAAAAUUCGGAGGUGGUUCUGGUUAGUGUGGACGGGCAUGUGCUCACUGCGCCCAUUUCUUCAACAGAGGAGGGUAUGGAUGAUGUGCAGUUAAGUGACCCGCAGUUCCAUUUGGGACCUGGGCAGAGCUCUAGUGGGGACUUUAGCCGUAGUGGUGAGGUGUGGGAAGCUGGCAUUUUAGGUGAUCUAUGCAUAUCACAGGAAAAGGUUAAGUUUGAGUCUGGUCAUCGGUCAGAGAUUUUGGAAGAGCAUGGGGAGGUAACUAUUGAGAAGGAUAAGUCGAAUCACAUAUCAGUUGAUGAAGAUGAAGCACUCCAUGUGUCUUUAAAUGAAGAUGAAGUUCUCCAUGUGUCUUUAAAUGAAGAUGAAGCUCAUGUUGUGUCUAUAAAUGAAGAUGAGGCUCAGGACACGUCAAGGUCAGGGAACGAUGAUGAAGGUUACCAACCCUUGACCUGUGAAGACGAGUUUCCUGGUGUCUCAUGGGACAAUGAUGUGGGUUAUCAAACCUUGACCAGUGAAGAUGAGUCUCUUGGUGUCUUAGGGGACAAUGGUACGGGUCAUCAACCCUUGACCAAUGAACAUGAGGCUCAUGAUAUCUCAGAGAAUAAGGAUGAGGAUCAUCAACCCUUGACCGAGUCUUGUGAUGUCCCAGUGCUUGAAAAAGCUACGGAUUGCAUGUCUCCAACUAACAAGGAUGAGGUUUGUGAUCUCAACAACGAGGACAUUAAGUUGAAGGAUGCUGGUGCUAGUUUCGGUAAGUAUGAUACAUUUAAAAGCUGCUUGGAUCUAACAUCACAAAUAGAUGACGGGGAUUCAGGGCCCGAGCUCUUUUCUCCCGAAUCUGAUCAUCAGAAGGAUUCUGAGCUUAAUUUGGGUAACCGCUCUGUUGUUGAAACAGAUCUGGAUGAUGAUGAAAGUAAAGCUGCUUACUGUGAUCAAGAUGAUCCAUUGCAGGAGGGAGUGGAUAUUUCAACAUUUACUUCAGAAGAUAAUGGGACACGGAGCGAAAAGAGUUCUUCACAUUGUGGCAAGGAAUCUGACUUGUGCCCUGAAGGAGGUUCUCAUGAUAGGAGCAAGGACAUUGCCUCUGCUUCAAUUGAGGCUGUUAAAUCUGAUGAUUUACAGUCAUCCACGGCUAGCAGUGAUAAUAAAAACAAACUGGGGAGCAUUCCAGAGCACUCAGAAGGUGAAGAGGAACUAAAUGAAGAAGAGCAUUCUCAAUCACAGAAAGGCUUGGGGGUUGAGAUUUCUCUUUGUGGGAACAUGUUACGGCCAGGAAUGGGUCGAGAAUCUGCCAAGGAAGUCUUUCAACAUCAUCUUGUCUGUGAGGAGGAUUUCAAGUCAUCAGGACCAACGAUUAUCAAAAAUGCAAACCUUAUCGUCAAAUUUGACAAUAAGUAUUUCCCAUGGAAUAAAGUUUCUCAUGUUAUUCUUGGGAAUGCUGUAUUUGGUCCAAACUUUUCCGUAGAACCCGUUGAUGCUAUUCCAGUUGAACGUCAGGAAAUACCCAAUUCAAGAGAAGACUCUCUUGGAAUGUCUCCCUCAAGCCAGGGAUGGUGGCUUUGGCCCAUUCCCUCUCGGAUAUCGAGAUCCCUCAAGCGUAAUAAUAGUGAUUCUUCUGAGGACAUUUUCCUUGACACAGAGACUGUUUUGAGCCCAAUGGAUGAGCAAGCUCCGGAGAACAACAAAAACCAAUCACCGAGAAAGCAAUUUGUACGGACUUUAAUUCCCACUAGCGAACAGGUGGCAUCUUUAAAUCUGAAGGAGGGCCGAAACAUGGUGACCUUUAGCUUCUGGACCAGAGUUCUUGGGAAGCAACAGGUUGAUGCACAUAUUUACUUGUGGAAAUGGAAUGCUAAAAUUGUGAUAUCUGAUGUGGAUGGCACCAUAACAAGGUCUGAUGUGUUGGGUCAGGUCAUGCCUUUGGUUGGGCGAGACUGGAGUCAGUCUGGUGUUGCUCGACUUUUUUCUGCAAUAAAAGAAAACGGUUAUCAACUACUAUUCCUUAGUGCUAGAGCAAUUAUCCAGGCAUAUCUCACAAAGAACUUCCUCUCCAAUCUAAAACAGGAUGGGAAAGCAUUGCCCAAUGGACCUGUUGUAAUUUCACCAGAUGGCUUGUUUCCGUCACUCUAUCGAGAAGUUAUACGGAGAGCCCCACAUGAGUUCAAGAUUGCAUGUCUGGAGGACAUUAAAUCACUUUUUCCUCCCGACUACAAUCCAUUUUAUGCUGGGUUUGGCAACAGAGACACUGACGAGCUCAGUUACAAGAAGAUGGGAAUUCCUGAAGGCAACAUUUUUAUCAUCAACCCAAAGGGAGAAGUGGCCGUCAACAGUUCUGUUGAUGUAAAGUCUUAUACCUCCUUGCAUACCCUUGUCAACGACAUGUUUCCUCCAACAACUCUGGUUGAGCAGGAAGACUACAAUUCCUGGAAUUACUGGAAGAUACCGCUGCCAGAUGUUGAUUUGUAGUCUAGUUUUGACAAAUACAGCCGUAGAUACCAGUAGAUUCAGAAGAGCAUAGUAGUGAGCUUCGUGUACACUAAUUCUCAUCACCACGACGGGGUUAGGUCCAAUCUGUAAAGCAUCUCAAGAGUUCCUGACAUCUCGAUCCAUUAGAAAACUUUACCUGAGCUGGUCAGUUCUACAAGUUACAUCAGGGUUGCUAGGCUUUAGUUAUUUUGCUCUGAUAAAUGGAAACCCUUUAGUUAUUUGACUGUCAAAACACACUGUAUGUUGUAUAUCAGUGCAUGGUAGAGAGAUGGCAUUGCAUUUUGUGCUUCAUUUUUA